GGGAAAUGUAGUUCUAUCACGGGCCAGGAGCCGCUUAGAGCCUGUGUGAUGAGGCCCCACAGGUGAUGAGGUGACCCUUACUGGAACGUUUGGAACUCGUCCGGCCCCAGCAGCGCUCCAGUCGACCACUGAAAGCAGGGCAUGCCUCUGUGAUGCUUGGUUUGUUUCCCACACAGUGAGAGGAAAACCUUCCUGAGCCUGCCCAGCAAACCUCCCUGUGCCCCUGCCAGCCCCGCCCCACCGCUGUUUUCCAGACUGAAGCUUCAGAGUCCCCAGGGCUCCGUUCAGGACGCACAGAAACCUCCUGCACCUUGGUGAUGGCACAAAGGGACUGUUUGCUUACUUGUAGCCUGCAUGGCCGCCAAGAAGGAAGGCAGAGGUAGAGCACGUGGGCCUGUGGCGCUCCUGGGAGCUUUGGAGCUCAGACCAUCGAGUCAAGCCCUUUCCAGAGCCUGAGGACAGGCUCGUCUGAACCAGUGAUCUUGAGGCAUGAACGAGAGAUCUUGCUCUGUUGGGACCGAGAACAAACUACGAGAUGGACAGGUGGAAAGUGUCUCUGCUGGGCACUCCUCAUUGUACAAGGACAGUGGCGCACUCGUGGCUUUCAGAGGAGUUCCGAUCUCAGAGCUGAAGAACCAUGGCAUUCUCCAGGCCCUGACCACAGAAACCAAUGGAUGGCAGCCAGCUGUUGUAAACCUGGAGGUGCUCAGAGCCCAGGAAGAAUGGGAAGUGGUGGACACCAUCCAUCCAGACACAGAGAGUGGGGUCAGCUCCCAGCAGCCUGGCCAGCUCAUCUCCUUCAGCGAGGCUCUGCAGCACUUCCAGACCCUGGACCUCUCCUCCUUCAAGAAAAGAAUCCAGCCAACUAUUAGAAGGACUGGGCUCGCCGCCCUCCGGCAUUGCCUCUUUGGGCCACCAAAGCUGCACCAGGACCUUCGGGAAGAAAGAGACUUGGUCCUCACCAUUGCUCAGUGUGGCCUGGACAGCCAAGACCCAAUGCAUGGCCGAGUGCUGCGGACCAUCUACAAGAAGUUGACUGGCUCCAAGUUCGACUGUGCCCUUCAUGGAGACCACUGGGAAGACCUGGGCUUUCAGGGAGCAAAUCCAGCUACAGACCUGAGAGGGGCAGGCUUCCUUGCCCUCCUGCAUCUGCUGUAUCUGGUAAUGGACUCAAAGACAUUGCUGAUGGCCCAGGAGAUCUUCCGCCUGUCUCAUCACCACAUCCAGCAAUUCCCUUUCUGUUUGAUGUCUGUGAACAUCACCCGCAUUGCCAUCCAGGCCCUGAGGGAAGAGUGUCUCUCCAGGGAAUGUAACCGGCGACAGAAGGUCAUCCCAGUGGUGAACAGCUUCUACGCAGCCACCUUCCUUCACCUGGCACGCGUGUGGAGGGCCCAGCAGAGGACUAUCUCAGACUCAGGCUUUGUCCUCACAGACUUGGAAGUAUUGGCCAAGAAGAGCCCCAAACGGCUGCUCAAGACGCUGGACGUUUACCUAGCCCGGGUGUCAAAGGGACAGGCCUCCUUGUUGGCGGCACAGAAGUGCUCUGGAUCCCGAGGGCCUCACUCCAGGGACCUCACCUUCACAGGUGUCUGUGAUGUGCCGUCUCACUCAUCCGAGAGCGCGGGGUUGAUCUGACCCACCCUGGAGACCAGGGUUGAUCUGACCCACCCCGGAGACCAGACCAGGGUUGAUCUGACCCACCCUGGAGACCAGGGUUGACCUGACCCAUCCCGGAGACCAGGGUUGAUCUGACCCACCCUGGAGACCAGGGUUGAUCUGACCCACCCUGGAGACCAGGGUUGAUCUGACCCACCCUGGAGACCAGGGUUGAUCUGACCCACCCGGAGACCAGACCAGGGUUGACCUGACCCACCCCAGAGACCAGGGUUGACCUGACCCAUCCCGGAGACCAGACCAGGGUUAAUCUGACCCACCCCGGAGACCAGGGUUGAUCUGACCCACCCUGGAGACCAGGGUUGACCUGACCCACCCCAGAGACCAGGGUUGACCUGACCCACCCCGGAGACCAGGGUUGAUCUGACCCACCCCGGAGACUAGACCAGGGUUGAUCUGACCCACCCGGAGACCAGACCAGGGUUGACCUGACCCAUCCCGGAGACCAGGGUUGACCUGACCCACCCCAGAGACCAGACCAGGGUUGACCUGACCCACCCCAGAGACCAUUCCCAGAGAGGCUGCCUGGGUCGCUGGAGCUUUCACACCUGAAGAACCGUGUCUGGGCCCAAACCCUUCCUGCCUCCCUGCAGGUGACAUUAGGAUGCUCCCGCGUGUGGGUGGUGAAGCUUAAGUUUCUUCACCAGCAUAGCUCAUUCGGCAGCUAGAAUUAACCUCCUUGCCACCUUUGAAGCAAGGGGUCGUCUGUUAUUCCCAGCUGGGCCCCUGUUCACAGGGUUGGGCCCCCGAUAUCUCAGGGGGCAUGAACAGGCCGUGAAGUAGGACAGCCGCGUCUGAACGGCCUACACAUCCAGUCUACCCCUUCACACCAAGAGAGAGUCCCAGCAAGUGGCUGCUAGGAUUCUGACUCCCCAGAAGCCUGCUCCGUGUCUUGAGGUUGGAAAUUGGAAAGGCAGAGGCAACAAUGUCUUCGGCCAGUUGGGGGCAGCACAACACAGGAAAAAGCGACUGAUUGAUUGAUGCAGGCCCCUCCCUUCAGUCACCACGAUUUCCAGGACACUUUCUCCCCCUCCCCCUGCCCACCAUUGUUUGUGAUUUAGAAAUGGGCACAGGCCGGGGAUCCUGUGGAGACGCGCACCAGGUUAACAAUGGCUAUCUGGCCUGGCAGAGAGGCAGUGGGAACUCGCUCGCCCACCCGCAGUUUUAGAAUAAAGGAACUGUUGUAGUAUCUAGUGUUUUCUCCCAAGACAGUUCUUUCAGGAUCUUGCUGUGCCCCGUUGUCUAGGGACCAGAUUGAGUCAGGCAGGUUAGUACCUAGGGUGCCGUGGGGUUGCAGACUCCUCAGGCCCCAGGAUGGAGAGGCUUCCUGCACCCUGACUGCCUGCCAUCUGAGUUCCCCUGGCUGCAUCUGCGUAUGAUACGGGGUGUGGGGGCACACACUUGAUGUGUGGGGAUCAGAAGACAGCUUGCGACGUUGAUUCUCUCCUUCAACCUUUCUGGAGAUUAAAACCAGGUCGACCAGCUUUUGUGGCAAACUCCUUACCCGCUAAGCCAAGCUGCCCACCCAGGCCAGGAGGCCUCUUGCCUACUCUAGCAUGGUGGCUCUUGUUAGGGUUGACUGGUGUGGUAUCCACCUAGGCUUUGCCUGCUUUUGCUCUGGGGCCUGGCUAUUGCUCCCUCACCCCAGCCUCCCACCUAACCACCCAUGAGCCUCAGGCUCCUGCGCUCCUCUGGCUUCCGGCCACUCCGGAGAUGGCACCCACAGAGGCCUCCCUCCCAGUGUGCCCGUGACAAAGCCCUGCAGUUGGCCCUCUGCAUAUUAACAGGGUCUCAGGUCGAAGGCUUUGUUACCAUGUCUCCUGUAGCUCCCAUCUUCAGCGGCCAGCAGAGAGGUCAGCAAGGCCCGAGUCAGUUUGGGUGCUUGCUUGGCUACUGUCCCUUUCCCUCGCUCCGCAGCGUCGGUUGGAAGCACAGGGUCCCAGGGCCGCAGGGACACUAGGAGGGCCGGCUGGAAGGGAGCCAGCUCCCCAGCAGGGGCCCUUCGUCCUGACCAGGGUCAGGAUAACUCAGCAGUCUGUUCUGGUGGGUGGGUUGGGGGUGGAGGCCUCUGAAGGCUGAAGAGUGUUUUUCUUGGGGGUAGGAAGGACCGCCUUCCACGGGAGAAUCCCUGGGUACGUCCUCCCCAGCAUGUGCCCCUGUGUGGUCAGUCGAGAGCUAGGAAGUCUCAGGGAGACCGAGGGCGGGUCCGCAGACCGAGCUCUCUGGCACAGCAUUAGGAAGAUGAAUUUGAUUAGACUUUCUGACUGUGUGGGACAGAAGAAUCCAGUGCCACAGCACAGAGCCAGCAGAGCCGCAAUAACACUUGGGACACAGGAGGGAGGUGCAGGGCAGCUGCUGCUGGGCCUCAGCCUCUGGCCCAGGCUCACCCAGACACCUCUCCCUCACCCUCUCUAGCUUGUUUCUUUUGAGUUGCUGUGUCACGUAGCCAAGGCUGACCUUGAUCUCACUGUGUCAAAGGCUAAAGACAUGAUCCACCUCCCUCUACCUCCUAGGUAUGUCAGCGUUACAGACAGGGUUACAGGGUACCACCAUACCUGGCUCACUCACUCUCUGCCCUCUUUUCUCUGCUCUUCCAUACUGUCAUUAACAAGAAAUAGAACUAGGGCUGUGGCCAGGGAAACAAGGGCCUCUCCACUAGGCUGGUGCUUUUCAUACACACACUCUACAGGCAAGCAAGGAUCAGAAAUAGGGCUUCUCUGCUAUAGACUUGUGCUUUUCACACACACACACACACACACACACACACACACCACACACACACACCACACACACACACACACACACACACACACACACACAUCACAGGCAAGCAAGGAUCAGAAAUAGGGCUUCUCCAUUAUAGACUGGUCUCUCUCUCUCUCUCUCUCUCUCACUCACACACACACACACACACACACACACACACACACACCAGCCCUGAGCUGAUGAACCAAACACAAAAGCCAGUGGAGUAAGGACAGUUGGCCUGCCCAAGGACUCUGGCACAUUCCGUUGCUGGGUUCGUGUAAUCAUUUAAAACUGCCUCAUGGGUGCUUAUUGGGGCAUCUGAGGAAAUACUGGCUUGAAUAGAAAUCUAUCCCCAGCCACAGCCACAGCCUUCUCCCAGGCGGGAAUGUGAGACUUGAACUAAACCCUGGCCGGAAAGCGAUGCCGAGGCCUGGCACUGUGCCACCUCCCUAUCAGGUUCUGGGCACGGUGGGGAUUGGACAUCGGCUCCACUGAGUCCUGGCCACGCAGAGCCAGAGCUGGGCUCCUGGAAGCGGCGGGAUUAUCUAUCACCUAUGUUCUACUCGGAUCCCAGAAUGGGGACGAGCCCAAGUGAAUAGGCAGAAAAAUCAGCCCAGGGCGAGCACACAGGAGAGAGCUGUGGGAACUGGGAACUGAAGGUGCGUCCUUUAUUGAGCAUCCGGGCACCUCGGUGCUGACUCAGCAGCGGGGGAGGGGGCCAGGCAGAUGGUGGGAGACCGCAGAGCAGGCUGGGGACCCCCACCCUCACUUCCAGUCCUUGAAGAAUUGCUUGAAGAUGGGACUCUCUCGGCCCUGGGGUAGAAUCUCCACCUGCAGUGGGAGAAAGGCUUGGCUCACAGGCUGCCCGCCUAUGCUUCUGAGGAGGGAGACAAGGGCUGCCAUGACCAAGGGAACGCGCAGCAAUGCCUUGCCAGCUGUGUCUCCCGAGAGAAUGUUCUUUUGUGGUUAAAUCUUCUUGUCAUGGCCCUAGAGUGAGGCUGUCUUGCUACAUCAGAGACAGGGGCGAGGGCAUUUUCCCACGCGUGCCAUCAACCAGAAGGCCCACAUCUUCAAGUGGUGCACAAUCACUAAUGCCACUCGCACCGUGGUUUUCGAUGGCCCCCACACACAUACACCCUUUUGUGGGUUUUAUAGAGGCGAUGGGGGGAACCACUCUAAAGGGAUAUCUGGUCCAUCGUGAUUUAGGAGGAAAAAGGACCAUUUGCCUCAUGAAUAUACCACCCACCUCCCAAAUAGUCAUAAAAUUGUCUUCAAUAGCCACAAAGCAGAACCCAGUGUGGUACAAUGAUCUCUUUGGAAUGCUCCUUAGUGUGAUUUGCUAAAUAAACUGCUCAA